AUGCCGCCGCUCCCCGCUUCCUCCCCCAUCCUGCUCUGCUGCCUCCUCCUCACCGCUGCGCUGUGCCCCGCGGCGCGGGCGGCGCGGUUCGCGUGCAACGCCACGGCGCCGCGGGCCUCCACGUGCCAGGCGCUCAUCUCCUACGCGCCGCCCAACGGCACGGCCACGGCCACGCUCGCCGCCGUGCGCGCGCUCUUCCAGCUCCGCUCCCACCGCGCUCUGUUGGCGGCUAACGGCCUCCCGCUCUCCACGCCGCCCACGGCGCCCGCGCCCACGCCGCUGCGGGUGCGCCUGCCCUGCCUCUGCUCGGGCGGCGCCGGGGCCACGUUCCAGCGGCCCACCUACCGGGUCCGCGCCGGGGACACGCUCGACGCCAUCGCGCGCGGAGCCUUCGCGGGCCUCGUCACCUACCAGGACAUCGCCGCCGCCAACAACGUCUCCGACCCCAACAAGGUCGCCGUCGGCCAGCAGCUCUGGAUCCCCGUGCCCUGCAGCUGCGACCCCGUCGGCGGCCAGCCUGUCGUGCACCUCACGUACGUCGCGCCGGCCGGGAGCUCCGUCGCUGGCAUCGCGCAGGAGUUCGGCUCCGCGGAGGAGACCAUUCUCGCCGUGAACAAGAUGCCCGACGCCAAGGGCCUUCUCGCCGGCCAGGUUCUUGAUGUGCCGCUCCGAACUUGUGGUUCUGCCAUUAGCAACACAGCCAUUGACCGCAACCUUCUUGUCCCAAAUGGAAGCUACAUCCUCACCGCUAACAACUGUGUCAUGUGUGGCUGCAGCUCCAGCACAUGGCAGUUGGACUGCCAGGCAGCACAGGGAUUAAGCUCGUCGUUCUGCCCUGCCGCCAAGUGCGGGGACAUGUUCCUCGGCAACACGUCCUCCACUUCAUCCUGUGAGAGCAGGACGUGUUCCUACGCUGGGUACACCAACAGCACAUCUUUCGCCAUCCUCACCAACAUCACCACCAGCAACACGUGCAACGCUGGGAUGGCUCCAAUGGCGCAGCCGGCUCACUCCUCGGCAUUCCGGUUGGAGCCGGCGUGGUUGAGAUGGACGGAGCUGGUCGUCUCUCUUCACGUCGUCUUGCUCUGUCUAGGUUAUCUGCGCCAAGACUGAAUGUUGCUGUCAUCUGUAUUUUGUUAGACUCUGGGCCUCUGAUUCCUAGUUUGAUGUUGUGAGUAAUGUGGUGCAGUGCUUGCGAGACUUUGACCUGUACCUGGUUGGAUCUGCAAGUGCAAACGCAAGGGGAACACUUUGUUUUGCGUUAGAAGGUAGAUCAGGAAACAAUUGUACUUUGUCAACCUUUUGCAAAGAUACUUUCUGUGGUUA